UGUAUAGUAGAGUACAUUGACAAACAGAUUGCUACUUAAUUAGUGAAAGUAAUGAUGGAGUGUUAUCUUGUUUCUCUAAUUAUACAGGGCAGCUUCUAUUAGGUUAUAACUUCAGUCCUCUGGCUGACCUGGCAUUGGCAGUCCAGCCAUUUCAACCUGGACAGGUCAACCAGCAGAAUGGUCUGACAGGUAAUAUGUGUUUUUCUUUUUAAAAAGAAAAAAGAAUGUAUAUUUAUAUUUGAUCUGCCAGCUCCAGUGUGUGCUAAUAAGAGUUCCUCUCAGCAAAAGCCGAGCAGUUUCUCAUAGUACACUACCGUCCUCUAGUGGUUUCCAAUGAAUUCAAGUCAACAAAGCUAUAACAGCAGGGUUACACUUAAGAGUAUAAUUUACAAAAACGUUAUGUUGUUAUUUACUCGCCCUCGCGCAGUUCCAAAUCUGUAUGCUGUUUUAUUAAACACGAAAAGGAGAAGUGUCUGUAAAAGCAUCAUAAAUUUAAAUAGCCUAAAGUUUGGGUUUAUAACUUCUGACAAACAAUUUCAAUAAGAGUAUAUUCUAUUUUUAUUUUGCUUGGCAGGUUUAUACAUAAAUUCAAAUGACUAAAUAGCCUAAAUAUACUUCAAGGAAGUUGGCCUCUGUAUAUUAUCAAACAUUAAUAAUAUUUUGAAAGAAAAUAGAUUAAAUGACAAACUCUUUUGAUCUUUGUCAUCAAAGAUCACACUACAUAUAAUAUACAUGAUAUCCUGCUUGAUUUCGGAAUAAAGGAGACAGUCUGUCUGAAAUAUACCGGGAGACCAUAGUGCCUUUUCAAACAGGGACGUCUCGCGGUAGAUAAAGCUUUCAUGUUUUACCGUCUACCUUCUGAUUGUUGCUGGUCAGACAUAUACUUCACUAAUACCAACAUCAUAGUAAGAUAUUUCUCACCUUUUCUUCUCUUUCUCAAGUCUAAUGAACUGUGCUCGAGUCUUGUGUGUGUUGGCUGCAUGUUUGUAGCUCCUCUGGGCAUCAGUUGUUUAGUACGGUGCCCAAGCGGUCUUCCGCGAAGACCGCAUAAGCCCUGUCCCAAAUGGCACACUCUGGACUUGUGGACUUCCUCAGAGUCCAGCAGUGAAGAGGUCAUUAUCAGGCAGACAGGACGGGUUCCUCUGGACUCUUUCUCUCCAGGAGUCAUUCUGUGUCGAGGAGAGUUUGACUGUUCCAGAUUACUGCUGUGAUUUCAUAAAACGUGAUUAAAAUAGACAGACAGAAAUACCUCCAACUGAUGUUUUAAAUAAAACUGUAACUUUACAUGACAUUGUUUUGCUUUAA